UGCAUCAUUUCUUGUCAUGUGUUUUCUUUAAUAAAUUCUUGUGAAUUUUGUUCUGUGGAAAAUUUUAAACUUAGUUCAAAUGCUAAAAGCAAUAUCUAUCUCAUUAACACAUCAAUGGUUGCAUCCACCUUGAGGUUUAAUGUGACGUUAUAAAGCUUUAUUUUUAAGAAGGGAAUGCUAGAAUAAACUCAUAAGCCUGUUCAAGGCCUGGAUUUGACACAAAUUAAUUUAAAAAAGGUGAAAAGUAAAUAUUUUAGAAGACUUUGUUUCUUAUUCUCUUUAUGAGUUCAACAUCCCUCAGCUCCCGUUUCGCUCUCCUAUCAUCUGUUAUGGUCUCUUGGCUUCAGCUGCAUGCUUCACAGCCUCUUCAAAUUCCUCACUUUUUUCACACCACAGAGAUUAUCUGCACUCUCAGAUGAAAUCCUGCUCAGUCCUUAUCAACACCGGCUUCUUCACAGUGAGACAUCUGCCUCAGAAAGAAAGGUCAAACUUAUGUUGUAAAAAAAAUGGCAGUCUAUUGCAAAAUAUGCACUGGAUUAUUCUGUAAACAGCGAUGUCUGCUCCACCAAAGCCUUGACGACAGAUUGUUAACUAAAAGCAGUUUCUGGUUUGUAUUACGCUUUUUAGCAACUAAAAAAUGGACUGUUUUUCUGAGCGAUUAUGUGUCUAAAAUACAGCAGGAACAAAAGAAGGUGCAUUUUCCAUACCUGUAUCUAAAAGAUGGUUUAAUGUAAAAAUGAUUACAAGGUAUAAGUCCAUGUGUUUUAGAUUGGCCCCCAGCUUGCACUUUAUUUUUCACUCUGCCUCCUUUGCUUGAUGUUGUCCAUCUUUAUCAUUUCCUGACUCUCUCUGGCAGUUAAGACAUUCCUUGGCCUCUUGCGGAUAUUUUCCUGAAGAAUCUGAUCUGGCACCCCGCUCGAGUGAUAUCAUGGAAUGCACAAGGGAUUUUUCCUCAAGAAAACAUCUCUGAAUUCAGCUGCUGUGUUACCCACGUUGGAGUCUCAAGGUCCAUUUGAAUGACUCUUUUGAAUGACUUUUUUUUUUUAAAUGUACAGUAUGUCCUGGGAUUUGGGGUGUGAAGUAAAUCAUCUCUUCUGACUGGAUGAACCCCAUACUGAGGGCGAAGGAAAAUGCAGAUACCAUCACUAAUUUGGAUUCUACACUUGAUGAAUCUUUCAAAAAGUCAAGACAGCACAAAUAUCCUGAGAGGCAAACGUAGCUCUUCAGUAAGCACUGUUUGCCAGGCAGGAUGUGCCACAUGCUCAGCCCUGAAUGGCUGCCUGUCCUGUAAACCUCGCUUCUUCUUCCACCUGGAGCUGGAUGGGAUGCGACAGAAGGGGACGUGUCUGUCCUCCUGUCCCCGUGGUCACUAUGGCGUGCGCUCUCCACACAUCAGCACCUGCACCAAGUGCAAGGCAGACUGUGCUUCCUGCUUUAGCGAAAAUUUCUGCACACGUUGUCAUCCGAGCCACUUCCUGUUCCGGGGCAGAUGUGAAAACAGCUGUCCAAUGGGGUUGACAGCAAAUAUAGUGCUGCGAGAAUGCACAGAGUGUCCUACAGGCUGUGAGCUGUGUGUGAGGAGGAACAUGUGCAAGAGAUGCAAUGCAGAUAUGUACCAUCUCCAUGGUCAGUGUCACCACACCUGCCCAAAAGGGUUUGAGCCAGAUGGGGACCUAAUGCAGUGUAUCCCACAAAUUCACUGUGAGGUUGGAGAAUGGACAAGUUGGGGUCAGUGUGCUCAGAAAAACACCACAAAACCAUACAGGAGAGGAGAGGAGACCCGCACCCGACAAGUCCUUCGCUCCCCAAGUGUCUAUGGUGACCCCUGCCCACAUGUGUCAGAGAUCAGGAAAUGUGUCAUCAAAAAGAGAAACAGAGCUAAGCUGUAAUGUUUGGAAGCAUUCAACCUGGUACACCUUCAACAAGUUACUUAAAAUGUUGGACAGCAUUUACAAAUUGCAAUAAUAUGCAUAAACAGCAUAAUUUCUGAUGAAGUUUAACAGAAAUUAGCACUGCCAUGUUAAAAUUGCUUCUAUGUUUUAUACACUGAUAAUAGAAUGUAACUUUGCUUCAGUUUAUUCCCCAUACAAGUUUUGAAGGUCUCAAGCACACAUUUUGAGAUGUCACAUUAGAAAAAUCUCAUAAGAAAAGUUCAUUUUAUUGCCUCAGAUUGAAAAAUAAGCUGUUAUUGUGCUUUUCUGAUGCUAACAUUCUCAAAUAUCUACUGUCAUUUGGAGGUACAGAUCUAACUUGACACACUGAGUUUGUGUAAAGAGGUUUACAAUGUACAGUAUAUUUCUGUAAUCUUGAGCGUUCAUUCUAUAAAUACUUUUCUACAUUUUACACGUCUUACUGUCCAGUAAGUCUUACUAUCCAAAGUGAAAAGAAAGAGAGAUUUUUUAAAAAAAUGACAAUGUGACACAAAAAUAAAAUACCAAAUGUAUGUGAUGAGAGACAAAAUAGCUACGGAUGAUUCCAACCAAACCAAAAUGAGGACUGAAAUUAUUAAAGUGAAAGGCAAAAACAACUAAGUGAACACAAAGAAUAGUGUUUGUUCUAGUAGUGUUUUAUGUCUUGAUUUUUGUAGUGUUUUUGGAUCUUUUCAUAUGUCUGUGCUAGGCUUAGUUGGGCUUUAAUCCUCCUGUGGAUUAAACUGAGCAUUACACAUAAUGCAGCAGAUUUAUGAAGAUUAAUUUAUUUGCAAAUGAAAAAUCAUAUUAUUUUAUUCCUGCUUUAUGAGAAUAAAUUAGAUAAACAAGGUAGAGUGCAUGGGAUCGUGUA